AUGAUUUAUGAUUUAGUUAUAAUAGGAUUAGGAGCUAUGGGUUCUUCAUCCCUAUAUCAUGCUUCCACACAAUAUAAUAAUAUAUUAGCCAUUGAAUAAUUUGAACCGACUCAUAAUAAAGGAUCAUCCCAUGGAGAAACUAGAAUCAUAAGAGAAGCAUAUUAUGAAGGUGAGUUCUAUGUUCCUAUGGCUUAAAAGUCUCUUGAAUUAUUUUUAAAAUUAUAAGAGGAAUCAAAAUAAUAAUUAUAUUAAAAAACUGGAUGUUUAAUUGUUGGGAAAGAGAAAUCUAAAUUGAUAAGAUAAUCUUAUUAAAGUGCAGUGAAACAUAAUGUAAGCUUUAAAAUAUAUAAAACUAAUCAAGAAUUAUAAUAAAAAGUCCCUGGAUUUACCUUACCUAAAGGAUUUGUUGGAUUAUUUGAUGAAACAGCAGGAAUUUUAUACCCUGAAAAAUUCUUAAGUCCAUGUUCUGGACAUGGUUUUAAAUUUUCUUCUUUAAUAGGAAAUAUGGCUUGUGAAAUAUUAGAAAAAUAAGUCAAUAAAUAUGAUAUGUUUAAAAUCUAAAGACUUUAGGAAAUAAAGCCUAAUUUAUGA